AUUACGUUUUCGUCCACCUUCACGGAACAGAGACGCUAUUAAGCUAUCAAGUUCGCGAUGUCAGGCAUCGAGGAAACUUUAAAUGAAUCUGUAGACGUUAAAGAAGACAAAGAGUUUGAUGUCGAGGCUGAGGACCACCUCGAGGAUGAAUAUUUUGUUGACCCGACUCGAUAUAUAUUUUACAGAGACAGAAAGGAGUGGGCUGACCUGGAGCCUGUUCCUCAGGAUGAUGGACCAAAUCCUGUAGUGAAGAUCGCCUACUCUGAAAAGUUCUCAGAUGUUUAUGACUAUUUCCGUGCACUCCUGAAGAAUGAUGAAAGAAGCGAGAGGGCUUUCACCUUGACAGCAGAGGCCAUUGAACUAAAUGCUGCCAAUUACACAGUUUGGCACUACAGGCGAGUACUACUGCAAGCCCUAUCAAAGGACCUGAGGCAGGAGAUGAGGUACAUUACUGCCAUCAUCGAGGAGCAACCCAAAAACUACCAAGUCUGGCAUCACAGACGUAUGGUGGUAGAGUGGUUGAACGACCCCUCGGAGGAAUUGGAGUUCAUUGCGGACAUUCUCAGCCAAGAUGCAAAGAACUACCACGCCUGGCAGCACAGACAGUGGGUCAUCCAGGAGUACAAACUGUGGGACAAUGAGCUGGAGUUUGUGGAGAGUCUCUUGGAAGAAGAUGUGAGAAAUAACUCUGCAUGGAACCAGAGGCAUUUUGUAAUUUCUCACACCACAGGCUUCACUGAUCCAGCCAUAGUGGAGAGAGAGAUUCAGUAUUGUCUGAAGCAGAUCAAGAAGGCUCCCCACAAUGAAAGCGCAUGGAACUAUUUGAAAGGGAUGAUGCAAGACAGAGGUCUGUCGUCUCAGCCAGGCCUGCUGGAGAGAGUCCUGGAGCUGAAGGAGACGCACUGUUCACCUUAUCUUCUAGCAUUUCUGUUUGAUUGCUAUGAGGACGCCUUGGAGAACGGCAAUGAAAAAGACAAUGUGGAGGAAGAGGAACGAAAGGAAACUUUAAGAAAGGCUCUAGAAAUUUGUGAACUCCUGGUACAGAAGGACACCAUCCGUAAAGAGUACUGGCUGUUUUUGGGGCGUUCUUUAAAGAGCAAAUCUGGAAGCAGCGGCCCCUCUGAUGAGCCUCUGGCAGAUCAUCCUGAACCAUCAGUUCCAGCAUCUGGGCAGCAGGAGAUGAGCUAGAGACCACCAGGAGACUCGCACCAUUUCCACUCUUAUCCUGCAGUUUGAUAUUACUAUAAAUCGCUGUCAUGUAUAUGGAUGAAGACGUUUCGUAAACUAACCACUAACUUGAGUACACCUAGGUUGAAGGGAUUGAGGCGAAAUCUAACAGAUACACGGCAAAAAAUACAUAAUAAAAUGCAACGCUCUGUUUCAAACAUAGGAUAGAGAUUGGAUUUAAUGCUAAUUAUUUAUCACCUUUUUUUUCCACCCGAAAGAGCUGGGACUAAAUAACUACACAAUUAAGCUGUGUCAUACAUUUAGCCAGUUUAUCGUCACCUUUAGAUUUAUUAGAGUGGCUGUUCUCAUUCUUUGUUUGAAUCUGAAUACAUAAGUCUUUUUGUCUUCUGAACCUAUCAGUCUGUGUUGAACAGCAGUCCCCAUGCAAUGAGUACUGAUAAAGCUCUGUGAGUGUGAGUUUGCAUGCACACUUAAUUCAAUUUAAUGUCAUUGAGUGAUGGUAGGUACACAACUUAAUAUCUGGUUAGAGAGAAAAACAUCUCUAUACUAGCAUUCUGACAUAUUUAUCUUAUUUGUGUUGCUUUUAAAUGUAAUUUAAUUAGUUUUGUGGUAACUUUCCAAAUACAGUGAUAUUUUUGAAUGGAUACUCAGUGACUUAACUCCAAAUAAGUCUUUAAAUGGAGUAUUAUGUGCAUGUAAACCCACUCUUCAUAUAAAUACUGGAACAUUUCUUGAUUGUUUGGUGGUGUCGUCAGAGAAUACAUGUAAUCGGAAGGGAAAAAGCAUCAUGAAACAUAAAAAUAAAACAGUUUGUAGUAA